CGAUGCCACAUGGCCGGCAGGCUCCCGGCAGGCUCGCCUCCUCAUUGGGUGGUGACCCGGCCUGCACGCACGCGCGUACGCACGCACGCGCGUUCGCACCCAACAAUGACAAAGAUUCCUCGUGUAGCCUCUCACAAACUGUUGGGGCAAGCGCUGUUAACGAGCCGCAUAUUCAGGGCCGCCAGGGUGCACGAGGGGGUGGCGGUGUGGCCAGAAUAUCACGCCCGGCCGCACGACUCACAAAUGUUUUUUUUUUAAACACCGCAACGGGUGACGCCUUUUAAAGGCCGAGUCGACCUAGGGGAGGCCCCAGGACUGGGUUCAAGGUAUUCGCCGUCGCUGUCAUCGGUGAGCGGAGAAGUUAGAACGCGGGCUUGCCCGAGUUUGGAACGCGAUGCGUUGGCGCUAAUCGAUGCGCCACCGCUCCCUCCCCUGGCUCCCCCGGGCUGUGGGGGGGAGGAGGAGGAAGUCUCCCCUCUCGCUCCCCUCUCGCCGCCCCCGCCACUGCGUCCCCGACGGAGGCACAGCCACGACCAUCGCCGCCGCUACCGUCGCCACCGCCGCCGCUAUUUCUUCUUCUUCUCGUCGCCUCUCGCUGCCCUCCAGCUCGCCCCAAACUUUGGGCGAGGGGUGGAGGUGGCGCCGCCCAGCCGGAGAGAGACGCCGGCAGCCCGGCAGAGAUGCCGCUCGCACAGCCGCCUCCACUGCUGCUGCUCCCCUCCUCCUCCUCCUCGCCGCCGCCGCCACUUGCCGUGUGAGGAGUGACCCGCGCCUGUGCCAGGCGGUAGCAGCAGCAGCGGUGACGCCGGUGGUGGUGGCGGUGCCGUGCUGCCAGAACCGGCGCCAGCAGCCAUGGGGUGCGGCCUGCGCAAGCUGGAGGACGUGGACGAGGGCAGCCCCGGCAAGAUCUUCUCCACGCUGAACCGGCAGCAGGUGGAGGCGCGCGUCAGCCCGGCGUACGAGUGCCUCCCCCUCGACUUCACCACCGCCCGCUCAGACGCGCUGCCCGAGGGCGUGCAGGCCGUGGCGUCUGUGCUCGACCUCCCGGCGCGGCUCCACGACCUCGGUCGCCGGGGAUUUUGGGUAGCGGCGGUCCACCCGCUGCUGUUGCCGUGGGGACGCCGCCGCUCGUUGCUCGACCAGAUGCUCCGCCUCGUCCUCGUGCGUCCAUCACCCACUGGCGCUGGAUCCGGCUCGGAGCCUCCAGGGAGGUUCCGGCUCCUGGUGGAGGAGUGUCCGCUCUCCGGCCCGGAGCUGACCACAGAAGCCUUCAAGACCUUCCUCAAGAAGUCUCUGGAGGCGGCGGUGGAGCGGGGCCACGCGUACGUGGGUGCCGUCGCACAGUACUCCCCCGGCGGCGCCGGCUCGCUGCCCCGUUGCUCCGGCCGCAGCGUCGCCGGCGAGCUCCCGUCCGCCCGCUCGCUCGCCUCGGACGAGCGCGCCACGCCGCCCGCGAGACGGAGCAACGGGGCAUCCCGCGAGGCGGAGCACGGCGCCGCCGCCGCCGGCGAGGGGGAGGCGGACGAGGAGGAGGACGACGAGGUUUUCGCCGAGACGACGCCCGACGCGCGAGCGGCGCCAGGGAGGGAAGACUCGCCGGAGGAGGAGGCGGCAGCGGCGCGCGAACUCGAGGGGGAAUCGACGGAGAGCGGCGGCCACGGCGGUGGCUAUGACCUGCGCGUGUUCCUCCUCUACAACGUGCCGGAGGACCAGCGCCCCGGUCCCGCCUACUACACGGACACGCUGCCAAUCAGAGUCACCCGCCGUGGACAUGCCCUCUCCGCGCUCGAUGCUGAUUGGCUGGACCGCUUAAGCCGCCACCUGGAGGAGGGGGCCACUUUGGCCGACGCCCAAAUCUUGCCGUUCACCGGGAGAGGUGACCGAGGACCCAAGGCGCUGGAGGGGCUCCUUGUCUUCGAAGAAAAUGUCGACACGUCCUCGUGCUCCUCCUCCUCCUCCUGCUCGUCGCCAGAGAUGAGGACGGGGAACGAUGUGAUCGUGGUGGAGCAGCUCACCCUGAUUGAGGGCUACGAGGUGAAGACGGACUACGUGCCGCUGCUGCACACGCUCGCCGAGUCGGGCUGGCUGCUCACCGCCAUCCUGCCCACCCCUGUCGUGAAGCCCGACAGCGAAGGAAACUUGGUGAGCAAACAGAUCGUCUUCCUGCAGAGACCCAUGCAGCCCGCAAGACCCACACCAGACAUCCCCAAGAGUGGGAAGAAGGCGUAAUGAUGAUGAUGGUGGUGGUGCAAGAAGGCAUGAAGAUGAUGGUGGAAGGCGUAAUGAUGAUGAUGGUGGUGGCGGUGGAAGGCGUAAUGAUGAUGAUGGUGGUGGUGGA